UCGUGGAGGUGGAGACCGUGUUGGAGUUUAUAUCCAGGAGCAUCUCGGCUCUGUCAGUGUGACUGGAAUGUGAACCUGGACACGGUCAUGCACUGUUCCUGCAUCACUUGUGCAGUUAUUUUAGAACAAUCUUAGCUUUAAACAUGACAGACUCGGUGCUGAGCGCGCAUGCAAACGGGUCGGCGGUGUUUCUGACUCCUGCGACGGCGUCCCCGACGCCUACGACAACGCCACGCGUUUUGCGCUUGGACUCUCGUUCGCUCGUUAUCUCGGCGACCAUGUUUGCAGUAGGAGUUCUCGGUAACCUGGUGGCCGUGGCGGUUUUGUGCGUGUCCAAGAGGGAACAAAAGGAGACUACGUUUUACACGCUGGUGUGCGGUAUGGCGGUGACGGACCUCCUGGGGACUUGCUUCACCAGCCCCGUGGUGAUCGCGACGUACGUCGUGGGUCGGUGGCCAGGCGGCGCGCCGCUCUGCCACUUCUUCUCUUUCUCCAUGCUGUUUUUCGGCUCGGCAGGAAUGUCCAUCUUGUGCGCAAUGGCCGUGGAGCGGUACCUCGCGAUCAGUCACGCGUUUUUCUACUCGCAGCACGUGGACCGUACGGUGGCGCGUCUCGCCUUGCUAGCGGUUUACGUGGUGAACGGUGUGCUGUGCGCGAUGCCCAGUUUCGGCUUCGGCCGGCACACCAAGCACUUACCUGGGACGUGGUGCUUCUUGGACUGGCGCGCGUUGGACCCGCGGGGAGCCGCGUACUCGUUCCUGUACGGCGGCUUCGUGCUGGUGCUGAUCGCAGUCACUGUGCUGUGCAACUGCGCCGUGUGUCGUUCGCUGGUCGGCAUGAACAAGAAGACGCGCGUCGUCGCCGCAGCAGCCAGAGCCGAGGCGCACACGGGACACCCAGGAUCCAGACGCGCCUUCAGCAAACUGCCCGCGGUCGCCUCGGCGGCUGAGAUCCAGAUGUUCUGGCUUCUGAUUUUCAUGACCAUCGUCUUCCUGGUCUGUUCAAUCCCUCUUGUGGUUCGUAUCUUUGUCAACCAGCUAUAUGGCCCUGGGUAUAUCGCUGCAGGUGUGCAGCCAGACUACCGCAGCGAUCUUCUCGCCAUACGGUUUGCGUCCUUCAACCCGAUCCUGGACCCGUGGGUGUACAUCCUGUGCAGGAAGAACCUGUUUAGCAAAUGCUGCGAGUGGAUCAAGUGCACCAUAGUCCUGAGCAGAGAGAGUCCUGCACGGAGAUCAGGCUGGGUCUUGGGGCAGAACUCACCUCCAUCCCUCGUUCACAGCAAUGCCACCAGUUACGCUUCGCUGCAUGCAACCUCAUGCAGAAACACUGUGGGAAAACUGAGCAUCAUCAAUGCAAAAUCCUAUGUUGACUUGAGUGUGCGUCAGGCCUGGGACCUGGACACGGCGCUGGACGACUUUCAUCCGUUCAGUGUGCAGCAGAGUCCAGUUCUGGGCUCAGAAAGUGAAACAGCAUCCGGAUGUGAAACGAUGCCUGUAAAGACACCCGGAUGCAUCCAGUUGACGCCGACGUCCUGCUCAAAAGUGCAUGAACAUAAAUCCCUGAUUGUCACGUGUACCUUCAGCACACCGAGUUCCUGUCUGUCUGAGAAGUACUGAGGAACAUCACACACACUGAUCUGAAGAGUGCAGAGAAAUACAUUUUUAUUAUGUCAUUUACAGGCACUCCAAACAUCUAUUGUUAUCACCAGUGUCUCCUUAUGCAUCGUGGCAGGAACUGGUUAUUAUCUCAGUGCACAAAACUGAACCUACCCUGGGGAAAUGUUCUUCAUAACUAUGAAAUGUCCAAUGCUUUAUUUCCUGUGUGUUUGUCACCUCAAAGUGAACACAGCCACAAGCAACACUUAAGCUUUUCUUAAUUUCUUAAACUUUAGUCUUUAGUUCACAUUAACAAGUGUCUUAAUACAGUAUUUAAAGAUGUCUUUUAAAAAAAGUACCAUUAGAAACAAUAUAAAAGUCAGGACUUGAAAGAUAAGUCAUGUCUACAAUUGACAACUGUAGCACAUGCUACAUUAAUAACACUCAUAGACACAGUUAUGACUAAACAAGAAAAUAUCCUCAGGGGGACUGGGGUUAAAAGGUCAGUAGUCGAUUUCACCAUAAAGUUAAUGAGCAGGAAGUAAAAUCGAUCAAUCAAUAAACAAACUAAUUGAAAUGAAGUAGAAAUCGAAUUACAUAAUUUCUAAUAAAAACAUUCAGACUAUUAGUUCACAAUUUUAGACACACACACACACACACACACACACACACACACACACACACACACACACACACACACACACACACACACAUACACA